CCGUCGUUGCUUCAUCCUCCCGUCUGACGACUCCGAGCGCGACAGAGCGCAGAAUGGAGAAGUAAGCGGCCGAGCUUCGUGCGGUGAGUUAAUGUGCAUCGGUGUGUGUUAGAGCAGUUCUUGUUUCACACACACUGCCGGUGGGAGUAUGAGGAAGUAGGUUUUUGAAUGCUGUACUGGAUGUCUUGUAGGGUGCUGGUUGCUGUCGGCUGUCCUGGUUGUGCGAUGGCAGCGAUCUAAGGUCAACCUGUGGAUUUUUUACAACACGCGCAAAAAAAACACCCCCCCCCACACCAUCUCUCUGGACAGUGGACGGCUGAGGAGGAGAGAGGCCCGCGGCAACAAUGGCAAAGUAUCACUGGCAGAGUCAAAAUGUCAAGCAAAGCGGCGUGGACGACAUGGUCCUCCUGUCAAAGAUCACCGAAGACGCCAUCGUGGACAACCUGAAGAAGAGAUACAUGGACGACUACAUCUUUACUUACAUCGGCCCUGUGUUGAUAUCUGUUAACCCCUUCAAACAGAUGCCCUACUUCACUGACAGAGAGAUUGAACUCUAUCAAGGAGCUGCCCAGUAUGAGAAUCCACCGCACAUCUACGCCUUGACUGACAACAUGUACAGAAACAUGAUGAUUGACGGGGAGAAUCAGUGUGUUAUCAUCAGCGGUGAGAGCGGUGCUGGGAAGACAGUGGCUGCCAAAUACAUCAUGGGUUACAUUUCCAAAGUAUCUGGAGGAGGAUCGAAAGUGCAGCAUGUAAAAGAAAUCAUCCUGCAGUCAAGUUUCUUUGAUGAGGAAACCCAGCUUGAGGAGGUGCUCGCAUUCCCCGCCUAUCUGCUGGGCAUCGACCCCAACCGUCUGCAGGACAAGCUGACCAGCCGGAAGAUGGAUUCAAAGUGGGGAGGGAAGUCCGAGUCCAUUAACGUGACCCUGAACCAGGAGCAGGCCAACUACACGCGAGACGCCCUGGCCAAAGCGCUGUAUGCACGCCUCUUUGACUACCUGGUGGAGUCUAUAAAUAAAGCCAUCCAGAAACCAUAUGAGGAAUUCAGCAUCGGAGUGCUUGACAUUUAUGGCUUUGAGAUAUUCCAGAGAAACGGUUUUGAGCAGUUUUGCAUCAACUUUGUCAACGAGAAACUGCAACAGAUCUUCAUCGAACUCACCCUGAAGGCUGAGCAGGAAGAAUAUGUUCAGGAGGGCAUCAAGUGGACGCCCAUCGAGUACUUCAACAACAAGAUCGUGUGCGACCUUAUUGAAAAUAAACUGAACCCUCCGGGUAUAAUGAGCGUGCUGGAUGAUGUGUGUGCCACCAUGCAUGCCAAAGGAGAGGGUGCAGACGGCACUCUGCUGCAGAAACUGCAGGCUGCUGUGGGGACGCACGAACAUUUCAACAGCUGGAACUCGGGCUUUGUUAUACAUCACUACGCCGGGAAGGUGUCGUAUGAUAUCAACGGCUUCUGUGAGAGAAAUCGGGACGUGCUUUUCCCCGACCUCAUCGAGCUCAUGCAGAGCAGUGAAUUUAACUUCAUCCGUAGCUUGUUCCCCGAAAACCUCAACACAGAUAAAAAAGGAAGGCCGACCACGGCGAGUUCAAAGAUCAAGAAACAAGCGAACGACCUGGUGAACACGCUGAUGAAGUGCACGCCGCAUUACAUCCGCUGCAUCAAACCCAAUGAGACAAAGCGGCCGAAAGACUGGGAGGAGAGCAGGGUCAGGCAUCAAGUAGAAUACCUCGGACUGCGGGAAAACAUCCGCGUACGAAGGGCUGGGUUCGCAUAUCGGAGACUCUUCAAAACAAGCUCGAUUGACUCGCAGGUCAAAAGCAUUCCUCUGAAAACCGUCAGUACGAGACAGGAUGAUUUCUUCAUCCUCCACGAAGCCCAGUAUGACAGUUUGCUGGAAUCCAACUUUAAGACAGAGUUCCUCAGUUUGCUUUCCAAACGCUACGAGGAAGGGACAAAAAGAAAACUGACAAUCUCCUUCGGUGACAGGCUGGAGUUCAGAGUGAAGAAGGAGGGCUGGGGUGGAGGAGGCACCAGAAUAGUAGUGUUCCAGAAAGGCCCUGGAGACGUGGCCCAGCUCAAACCUGGAGGGAAGACUCUGUCUGUCACAAUAGGAGAUGGUCUGCCCAAAUCCUCCAAGCCAACCAGGAAGUCGUUUCCGCCGUCUUACGGUGGAGGAAGAGGAGGAAGAAACCACGUAGCCCCCAAAUCGCAUCAGAACGGUGGAGCCAAAUUCCCCAGAGGUCCUCCUAACCCACAAGCCGAUAUCACGUAUUCCUCCCCGCAAAAGCAGGGCCGACCAUUCCAGGGAGGCCCGCCCAAACUGGGAUCCCAGAGAGGCCCCCGACCUCCAGCGCCAAACCAGUAUAACCAAGGAAACUUGGACUUCCUUAAUGUGCCUGAUCAGGGCAUGUCAGGGAAGCAGAGGAAAAUGAGCAUCCACCAGCGACCUCCUCCUGCUCCUAAACCGCAGCCUCGACCUCAGGGUCCUCGCUGCCGGGCGUUAUAUCAGUACGUCGGCCAAGACACGGAUGAGAUCAGCUUCGAGGCCAAUGAUGUGUUAGAUCUUGUCAAAGAAGACCCGUCAGGCUGGUGGACGGGCAGAAUUAGAGGGAAGGAAGGUCUGUUCCCGGGUAACUAUGUGGAAAAGAUUUGAUGAGAACCUUGCGAACGUGUCUGUGUUUGCUCAUGAACAGAUGUAAUUCAGCACAUUCAGAAACUGCCUGCGAGUUGUUCACGGAUGCAUCGGGGCUUUCAAAGGGCCGAGCUCUCUGAUGUUUGAGCCCCAGCUAAUUUACCCGGCAGCGUGCCGUAGAAGCAGAACACACGAAGGAUUACUCUUGGGUUUAUUAUCGCUAAAGCACAACUGCAAAUAGCUGCUCAGGUUCCAUCUUUGUCUUGGUGUCAAACAAUCCCGUUGAGAAAGAAACCGGCGAGGUCUUCGACGUCACCUCUGACUGGUUCCUCCACGACUCAAAGUUACGCCGAGUGAAGGCGUGACAGAAGAGCAGCAUGAAAAUACUGCAUCGCUUCCUGAUGUUUACACUGUUUUAUCUGCCUGAAGCUUUCUUCACGAUCAAUGACGACUACUUCUUUUGAUUAAGUCAACAAGCGUCUAAUCGAGUGAUAACAGACUUUUGAAAAUACUGAUGAUGAUGAUGCUUUUGCUCUGAAACUUCAGAUCAAAUCAAAGCCAUUAAGAGGAGCAACAUUUUAAUGUCAGUUAUCUUUUUUAUACUCUGAUUUUUUUACUGAGAUUUCUCGUGGUAUUUUCUUAUAUUUUCGUUUUAAUAAAAAAAAAAAGGAAAAAACUUUUAUUUCCACGUUUUUACCUCGAGGACUUUUGCACUUGUUUGUUUAGUGUUGCCGGUAAGUUAGAAAAACAUUUCUGAAGAGCAGAACACAGAGAAAGGUUAAAGGUUGAACUUUAAUAUGAACUUGAAUGUGAUUAUUUUGGCCAGCUUUGUAUUUUUAUUUUAACUUGUGGUGGAUUUUUGUAAAAUAUGUGAUUACUUUCAGUUAUUUUGUUUUUUAUG